AUGUCUAAUACAGAAGAUUUUAGUGAUUCUGGUUCCGAAUAUCAGCCUAUUCCUGGAGAAAUUCAUACAGAAUCUGAAACAGAUACAAGUUGUGACGAAAAUAUUAUGAUGCCGUCUAGUCUAUCAGAACCUGGAACAUCUAAAUCUAGAAAAAGAUCAAUCAACAAGGAAAAUUGGACAGUUAAUAAAAGAAAGUUAUUGCGUAAUAGUGGAAAAGAAAAUGAAAGGCAAGAAAUGUUCGAAUCAUUUUGGAAUUUAAAGGACUUUAAUCAGCAAAAUGUCUUUCUAUAUGCAUUAGUGCAAAAAGCAUCUGUUAAUAGAAAACGACCUAAAGAUCUGUCACGAGCAGGAAAAAACGUUUCGUUUAAGUAUUUUCUCAAAUCUCAUAUUAUGACACAACUGGCACCGCACCAGGAUACAUGUAAGACUUGCGAUAGCUUGAAUUUUAAAAUUAGAGGCACCGAUGACGAGAACGUGAAGAAAGAGUUUGAAGUUCAAAAGGAACUUCAUCAAAGAAAGGCAGAUUCGGCAAGAGAAAAUCUACAAAUUGAUGCUAAAAAGAUUAAUGACGCAUAUGUACUAACCUUUGAUUUGCAGAAAGCUUUAGCUUUCCCAAAAUUAACUACUUCGAAAAAAACAACCUGUGGUUACGACUUCAACUGGCUGAAUAUUAGAUGGCUGAGGUUUGAGAGGAAUCAUCCUUUACAAUUUCAAUUUAAAGAAACGCUCAACGCUGACAUGCCCUUCUACAAAGUAGAUCUAUCAAAAAAGCAACAAGGACGACCAGCUUACUUGUACAAUAUUCAACAAGGCCCACUCUAUCCUUCAAGAAGACCAGUCACUAUUGCUAAGAAGAAGGAUAUGCUUGAAUCUUCUCCCAUACAUUCCACCAAUUUACCAUCAAUUUUACAAAAACCUGUAGACAUUCCAACACGGUCAAGCACACGUAAUGCUGAUGAACGUUCGUCUGAUGACGAAAUAACCUACGAUUAA